CAAACACAGAACCUCUUUCUUUUUCUGGUAUGACCUUAUGGGAGUUUACUCCUGUGCCACUAUAGAGGGUCAACGGAACGGCCGUCUUUACGUUGCUUCUGUCCCCGCCAGCGUUCCUCGAGGAUCUUCAACAAGCGAGCAACGUUUGCAAUGCGCGCGCUCCAUGCUGUUCGACAAGCAUUAUGAUCUAAACAACAACUCCCGCUGUGGCUUCACGGCGAUUCGCGCUCGGCAAAUUGAUGGAAUUGGCAUUGAGUCCAUCAUUCAGAGGUGAUGAACACUGUGCAGGACCGCCCCUUUAUAUAAGUAUCAAUAUAGAUGUUUGGAGACCCAGCCUUUGCGCCCACGAUAGGAACUAUUGAGCCCGGAGGCUGGAAAACUCGCGAGCUUUUGCGGAUACUUAAUGGGCUUUCACAUGCUGAUAUCAAGAUUAUCGGAGCUGACAUUGUUGGGUUUGCUCCCGCUUAUGACAGCCGAGCCGAGACUACCGGUUCGGCUGUCGCGCAGAUUGCGUACGAGCUGUUGCAAUGGAUGAUUCGUGUACCAGUCAAACAGCAGUGCCUCUAGUUCUGGAAGUUCAUAUGCUCGAAAAGUCUGUAUUAUGUGUUGAAGAAAUCAUUUCAUAUGAUUCAAAC